UCAAUUAUCUUAAGGUGCUUAAGCCCCCAAUUUCCUCACGACUCUUAAAUUUACGUCAAGAGAAGAGAUUUUAAGCGUGCUCUUAUCUUUUAUCAGAACACAUUGUGAGCCGAUCUACGGCUGUCGUUAGCUGAAAUAUUUAAUUAAAACACUUUAAUAAUAAACUUUUAGUGGAUUAUAUAAUAUUUGAUGAAAUAGUUCGAAUACCAAUACUAAGUUAUUCAGAAACGCAAUAUAUAUGAGUCACUAUGUUUUAUACGUCCUGAGUGGUUGAGGGAAAGAUACGUCAAAUGACAUCGGUAGAUGAAUUCGUAAACUCAUCGGCAUGGCUUAUCAAGGUGUCGGGGGCGCAGCGUGGGCGCGAGCGGCAUGCGGCCCCCGCGACAGACUCCCAUGGAGGUAGGAUAGCGCGCGGCCAGCCGCGCCCACUGCCCCUGCUCACCGCGCUCGCCAUGGAACCCGCGGAUGUGCCGAGGCACAGACCCCUCGCAUUCGAUAAGAUGGAAAGCUUGAUUAAAGAAAUGCAAGAUCCGGACACGGGUGUACCAGUUCGAAGUCAAAAACUUUUUCUGACCUACGUACCUUCUGCGUUUGCGGCGUCAGACGUUAUCGAAUGGAUUAUGGAGCGGUUUAACGUAGACGAUUCUAACAACUCGGAAGGAUUGAUUUUAGCAAAUCAGCUCUGUCAAUAUGGUUACCUCUUUCCUGUCAGCGAUUCAAAAGUCCUUGCAUUAAAGGAUGACAAUUCUCUUUUUAGAUUUCAAAGCCCAUACUACUGGCCGUGGCAAGGUCCCCGGGUGGCCGGAGCUGGGUCGGGCGCCCCAGCCCUGGGGCCCGAUAACGUCGAGUACGCAAUCUACCUCGUGAAACGCACAUUACGCAAUAAACAGCGUCACGGCCUGGAGGAGUAUGAGCAGGAAGCGCUCGCGAACCUCAAGAAGAACCUUGCUGCUAAAUGGGACUUUAUUACUAUGCAAGCGGAAGAACAGGUCCGGUUGGCCAAAGAGCGCAAAAAAGGUGACAAGAUAGUAAGCGAUAGUCAGGAGAGAGCGUACUGGCGUGUGGCUCGACCGCCGCCGGGGACGCUCACGGCGCUAGAAUCCUGUCCGGUGCCAGUUCGCGCUCGACACCCGACCAAACCUAAGAAGAGAACCAUACAGCAGAUCACGAGAGAGAUUGAACACUUAAAGGCUAGCCUGGAUCGUACGCGUGUGAAGACCUCAAUUGCCCUCGAAGCUCUAAUGGCUUAUUCGGAGACCUUCGCCGCCUAUGAUCCCUGGCUCACACAGCCUCAGCCCUCGAAUCCUUGGAUUACGGAUGACACUCUCUUUUGGCAAAUCAACAGUCCCAUUGUUGAAGUACCGAGCGAGAAACGUGUUCAGCGUUGGGCUGUUUCUAUAGAGGAAUUAGUAUCAGACCCUACUGGUCUUCAGGAGUUUACGAGUUUCCUUAGAAAAGAAUAUUCUCACGAAAAUAUUCGAUUUUGGUUAGCUGUUAUGGACCUUAGAAGAAGUAGUACUAAGCAAAUACCUAAGAAGCUUGAAGAAAUAUAUGAGGAGUUUUUAAAGCCAGGCGCGCCCUGCGAAAUCAAUAUCGAUGGAGCGACGGCGGAUCGUGUUACGGAAGGUAUCCGCAGUGGAUCGCGAUACGCUCUGGAUCACGCGGCCGAUCAUGUUUACGGAUUGCUAUUGAAAAAGGAUUGCUAUCCACGAUUCAUUAGAUCGGAUCACUUCCAACGGCUGUUGGCUGAGGGUAGAAAUGUACAUCAAAAGAAAGCUAAAUUUUUCAAUUUUGGAGGUCAAGUAAAGAAAAAGCCGGGAUCUACGAGUGGCAGUAGCGGUAGUGGAGCACUGACUAGGAGACGCGGCUCUGAUCGUUCGUUAUCGGGUUCUGCGCAUGAGCUAGCCGUCUGCGCCGCCCAACCACCUCGAGCUCCCGAACCGCCCCCGCACAGCCACUCACAGUCUAACCUCUGUGAUAUCCCGUUCAGGGAUCCCUUGGACGACGACACGGCAGACGUCCUCCCCUGGGAGAAUUCUACUCGGGAUAGUGGAUACGGGGCGAGGCGAAGGCAGGACUCCACCGCUGACUCGGGCAGUUCGUCGUCGGAUGUGAGCGCUGCGUUGGCGACGAGCGAACGACGGCGACUCCCUCAGCAGAGCACGCUGGAUGGUGGACUACGAGGCGCCCCGCCGCCUCUCCGCCGCUUAUCCGCUGUAGAGCCGCGCCACCUCGCGCCAUUGUCGUCGCCGCCACAUUCACCGCGUCACACGCGGGCCCACCAGCCGGCGUCACAACCAAUACACGCGCCCGUCCCACCUCACCAUCCCACCCCCACUAUCAGCGUUAGCUCUGCACCGGAUGACGAAUCCGCCGAAUCACCAACCAGAACAGGUUCUCCCGACGACAGGCGCUCGAUCGCUCACUCCGAGGAACCUUCUUCAGUUUUUGCGUCGGCGGACGCUACGCCCACAGAACACUCGCUCGCGUUCACAGACAGAUGUCCAACGGUGGAUACUGCGACGGAAGUUGUUGACACGAGGACUAAUGUUUUGAAAGUGGAAGUGAGAACAGCGUCUUUCGAAGCGUCGCUCGCCGCCGAGUCGAUUGACUCGUGUGACGAAACCCGCUCGGAAUCGACGAUAGGUUCAAGUCGGAACUCUAAAAUUCAAUCGCGGGAUAAUUCGAAAGACGAGCAAGUGCUGUCUGCUGAAAACGAAAUAUUUGUGCGUAUACCGAUACCGCAGGGAGUUCCCGAGACGAUUCCAACACUUGUUAAGGCGUCGUCUUUCAGCAAGGAAGAAGAACCUACCCGAAAUGUCGCCCUGAGUCGGUCCGAUAGCGAAGUCACCGGUGUUUCAAAAUCAGUUGAGGCGUCUGCAACGGAGUCAAUAAGAGACGCUUCCGAGUCGCCGGUGAUGGCAGCCGCGCCUGCGGAAGCGCAAGUCGAGCGACGGGUCGCGGUCGCGCCGCUCGCUGUGUGCGAGGAUGUCGGCGUGGACGAGGACGCGGUCGACAAAGUGCUUCCGGUGCAGAGGGUCUCGACGUAUCCGAAGGGGUCAGAUUCCAAUGUGGUGAAAUUUGCUCAUAGUGACGAACUGUCGUCGGUAUCCGAAUCCGACAUUGUUAAAUGCGAUAAAAGCGCAGUCAGUGAACGCAAGCAGCGGAACGACAUUUGUCCCUGGGAGGACGAGAAUUGCUGCGAGAGUGACGUUCCAUUUGUUAAAACUUACGCAACGCUCGGUUACUUAUAAUUUUUGUAGUUGAACGUCAUAUAAUAUUAUGUCGUCAGGGUUAUAGGAAAAGAUAUUUAAUUUUUUAUCUUAGAACCUAUGUUUCGAUUAUCACAGAUCUAGGGCAUUAUUGUGUAAUUAAUAUGAAUAUUUUGAAGUAAAUGCUCGUUAAUUAUUAGAAA